UGGAAAAUACCAAGUGUUGUUUACUCUUUGAAGUGCUGAUUCUGAUUCUAUUGGAACUCGUUAGUGGAUUUACAUAUAAAUUAAUUCCUGAAAAUGAGGAAAUAUUCACGCCAUGCAUUAAUAAGUUGCCCAACGCCGUGGAUCUUCCGGAAUUAUUCGAUACUUCAGAAUUUCACACAAACGAGGAUGGGGACGAACUAACAGUAUUUGGAAAUAUGACGUCCAAAUGGAAUUACGACCCAACUGAUCGUAUCGAUGGGUUUGUAACGUUGUAUCGCUAUGAACGUAGAGAUUGGGUUGCUACGUUAUACAGCAUGACCGUCAGAGAUGUUUGUAGCGUCAUUUAUGAUGAAAAGCAGUAUUGGUACGAAUGGUGGACAAAACAUAUAAUCGGCUCAGAGGGCGUGAGGGAAAAAUGUCUCUUGAGUGGUGCAAAAUUCAUUUACGAACGUUUUGUUGUGGAUAUACAUGUGGACAUGAAAGCGGUUGUUCCUUUAGGGCGAAAUAAGUUUGUUGUCUACUUAAAAGCGUUCGAUAAAGACUUAAAAUUACGCGAUCCAAUGCUAUGCGUUGAAAUUGUAGGUGAGGUAAUUCGUUUAUAAAUAA